AUGGGCUCUCAAUUGCCACCAGGUUAUGAUCGCAUAGACAAGGGGUAUUUUGUAACCACAGGCGUCAAGUGUAAUGUCGAAGACUGGCGGUACGAAAUGCGAAGAGAAAUGCAGGAGAUCCUUCCGGGUCUAUUUCUUGGGCCAUUUUCCUGCUGUCGUGACGUACCCCAUUUAUACGCUUUCGGUAUUACCCAUAUCGUGUGUUUGAUGGAUAAUCGUGAAGCCAACCUUUUCCGUACUGAUCAAAUAUCAAAACUAUUUCAAUUUACUGCUUUUGAAACCAACGAUUCCAAUCUUCAAAAUUUGAUUCAAAUAUUCCCUAUGGUGACGGCGUUGAUCAAUGAUGCACUAGUUGCAGGCGGUCACGUUCUCGUCUGCUGUAACGGUGGUAUGUCGCGCAGUCCAACUUUUGUCAUCGCUUACAUCAUGGAAACGUUUAAUCUCGAUGCAACGGACGCCUACCACUUUGUGCAGAGCAAACGGUUGUGCAUUAAUCCCAACGACGGAUUCAAGAGCCAAUUAAAGGAAUAUGAGCCUAUUUACCAAGCACGGAAAAGUGACUCCCAAAAUACAUCCUACGACCCUUCAUACCAACAGCACAGAAGACGACGUGCGCCAGACGAAGAUGAUGAUGAUGACUAUUCAGGAUCAAAGCGAUCGAUUUGUAACGAAUUCUAUCUCACCAACGAAGCCUCCUCUUCUUCCUCAUCCAACCACCCCAAUCCAUCAGUUUGA